AUGACCGUUACACAUCACACACUGUCUCCCGAGGCACUUCUCGAAGCCCCAGAGAUCGAUCAUCCUGUUCCAGACGCUACAGGGAGACUCGCUGUCUACGUACAGAAAUUCUACUCUUUCCAGUCGCACUCUAUGCGAAAAGAGAUUUGCGUACUUGAUCUACAAAAUCUUCCUCGAUCAUGGCCUAUCACUGAGAACAUCAGCGCAAAUUCUCCACAGUGGCUCGGUAGCAGCGGUAAACUUAUCUGGCUUGAAUCGUUACGAAAUGGACAUACCAACCUGGUUAUCUGUGAUGCACGGCUUGUCGACAACGAAUAUAUAGUAGGCACUGUACCUGGCCAUAUAUCAAACUUGAGAGUUACCAGAAUACCAUUCAUUGGGGAUACCGACGACGAGCUAGGAUUCGCAGUGGUAAGUAAAAUCAACAACGACGGCUCUUUUUUCAAUCCAACGGAACAGAGCUCAAACUUCGGCAACUUUGGUGGUCACUUAAAUACAACCUUUCCUGAAAGAUGCACAGAUUCGUUUUCAAACCCUCAAAAAUCAGUCAUCUGGUUUGGGACUCUCACCCGGCCUUCGGGAACACCGAAUGGUCGCUAUACAAUGGGAAAAUUGACUAAUUUAAUGGAUUAUUUCAAACUCACGACAGUAGGUUUACGGAUCACCUCUGGUCAAGAAGAUGACUGCCGCGACUUCGACAUCAAUUCUUGGACAAUAACCUUCGUGGGGAGCGAUUACGAUGAGUUUCAGCAAAACAGUUGUUCAUGCUACGUUUGCCCAGUGCUUCGCUGGGACGGAUAUCCACUUGAUGACCUUUACUAUGCUUUCAGACAUCGGGGUCUGGGGGGGAAUAUCUCGUCGCCUAUUCUGAAGCCCAAUGAUUCUACUGUCAGCUUCUUGUCUCAGAAAACCACAGGAUACAGUUCCGACAAGAAUCGAAUCAUCUUUAUCUAUAAUAAUCAGACUGGCGAGAGCGAAGAGGUUUUUGCGUCUCACGACGGCAAAGGGCAGUGGGAUCUAAGUCCCAGUGCUAUCAAAUAUGGGCUAGAUAGGUCAUUGUUGAUCCAGGUAGAGGAGAAAGGACGCCAGGUUCUCUAUAAAUUGGAUCUAAAACAUUGGUGGCCAGACAAACCCACACCAGCUUCAUUAGAAUUGUUAAACAUUUUCUCGAGAUAUGGGUCAAUUAUCCACGUCACACCCUUGUUUUCUGAGUUGUCUAAGUCCAGAUUACUGCUUUCUUAUGACGCUCUCAACCAGAGCAGGGGAUAUACUAUUUUCGACCCACUAUCGCCUGGGCUAGGACCGUUAGUUUACCCUUAUAUCGCUGUUCCCCGCGGCCAGAUUGAAGAGAUUUGGCCAUUUGGCGCAAAUGGGCGCCAAGUGCACACAUGGGUUGUUAAACCAUCUUACUUUAAGCCCGAACUCAGAUACCCAGUGAUCUUGUCCAUUCAUGACGGACCUCAAAAUUUGUGGCUUGACCGAUGGACCGUGAACUGCAAUCUGAUUACCCUCGCUGAGCAGGGAUACGUAGUUAUUGCACCGAAUCCCACCGGAAGCCGAAGCUACGGACAAGAUUUUACAGAUGCAAUUCGAGGGUCCUGGGGCGGGUUACCAUACAAUGAUCUCCAGAAAGUUUUUGAAUACGUCCAAAAUAAUCUCAGCUAUGCAGAUACAGAGAGAGCUGCGGCAAUAGGCCAUGGAUACGGAGGAUAUAUGGUUAAUUGGAUACAAGGCCAUGAUUUCGGCAGACGUUUCAAGGCACUGAUAACAGAUAACGGCAUCUUCAGCAUGACAACUCAAUUGGCAAGUGAUGUGCAAGCUUUGCGCCAUGAUUUGAAUGGACUACCGUGGGAAAACCCAUCUGAGUGGCAGAAAUGGGAUCCCGCGCAAUAUGCAGGCCAUUGGCAGACACCUCAUUUAAUUGUCCAUAACAAGCUCAAUCUUCAGCAGCCGAUUGCGCAAGGCUUGGCUUCAUUUCACACCUUGCGCUUGAGAGGUGUUGAAACUAAUCUUCUCACGUUCCCAGAUGAAAGUCACCGCCAUCAGCAUCCGGAAAACUUGUUGUUGUGGUACCAUACAGUCAUUGGCUGGAUGAACAAAUUUGUCAAGUCUUGA